AUGGCAAGCAGGAUGGAAAACGGCAGCACGCGCAAACCCACGCCGGCACACAACCCCGGUGAGGAAUACGAUCGCUUCGACGACACCGCGGAGGAAGCAUACGGGGUCGAGAGGCAGGGAACGUUUGGCAGGCCGAUUUUGACGAGCCGGGCGAGGAACAACGAUGGCCAGCGGCGGCGGGAGGACUCUGGCGCGUACGAUGCGCCGGCCGAGUACGGCAACCUCGACGAGACGGUCGCGGACCCCGUGGGCCACGAUCCGAAUGGUGUCCGAGCCGGCAAGGCGCCAGACCUGGAGGAGAUGCGGAGCGGACGUGAGGCUCGCGCUGGCCCGGACGAUGUCGAGAUGCAAGACGACCACGCCACGAACGGGACGGCCGAGACGGCCGAGAAGCCCACAGGGCACGUCUCGAAGAUGGCGACGGAGCUCUACACGCUCUCUUACCUCGUCUUCUUCUCCAUCUUCGGCACCCUCGCCCGCCUGGGCCUCCAAGCCCUGACGACGUACCCCGACGCGCCCGUGUCCUUCGGCGUGCUCUGGGCCAACGUCGGGGGAAGUCUCGUCAUGGGCUUCCUCGCCGAGGACCGCAAGCUUUUCCGGCACGAAUGGGGCACCGCGACGUACGACGCGCAAAUCAGAAACGCCCGCCGCCAGCGAGACGUCGACGCCGUGGACCUCGCGGCGGCUAAGAAGGCCCACCUGGCCACGAAGAAGACGAUACCCCUCUACAUCGGCCUCGCCACGGGCUUCUGCGGCUCUUUCACGUCCUUCUCGUCCUUCAUCCGCGACGUCUUUCUCGCGAUGACCAACGACCUCCCCGGCGCCGGCGAUGUGGCCCCCAGUCCGCGGAACGGCGGGUACUCCUUCAUGGCCAUGCUCGCCGUGAUCAUCACGACUGUCGGCCUCUCGCUUUGCGGUCUCUUUGUGGGCGCACACCUUGCCGUCGCCCUCGAGCCCGUCACCCCGUCCGUCCCGUUCUCCGUCGGCCGAAAGGUCUUGGACCGCGUGGCGGUGUUGUUGGGUUGGGGAUGCUGGCUCGGCGCGGUGCUGCUCUCUAUCUGGCCGCCGCGCGACGCCUGGCGCGGACAGGCGGUUUUCUCGCUUGUUUUCGCGCCGCUUGGGUGUCUUGUGCGGUUCUACGUCAGCAUGUGUCUGAACUCGCGCAUUCCGUCGUUCCCGUUGGGGACGUUUACGGUUAAUGUCGUCGGCGUGGCGGUCCUGGGUAUGUGCUGGGACCUGGGCCACGCGGAGCUCGGCGGCGUGGUGGGAUGUCAGGUACUGCAGGGCGUGGAGGAUGGAUUCUGCGGAUGUUUGACUACUGUGUCGACCUGGGUCGCUGAGCUGGCGGCUUUGAGGAGGCGCCACGCGUAUACCUACGGUACAGCCAGUGUUGUUACGGGGUUUGCCAUCAUGGUGGUCAUAAUGGGAGGUAUGAGAUGGUCUGAUGGGUUUGGGCCGCUGGUGUGUAUCCAUUGA